AAGUAUCUUAGAUCAAAAGUUACAACGAAGAACCCCUCUGUCUUGUGAGCGGCAAACAUUUUUUCACUCUGGUUACUUAUAAAUAAAUAUAUAGUUGUGCAUAGGCAAUCCUACGGCUACACAAUAGAUACAGACCGGAUAUGUAGCCAAUUUUCCGUCCUCUUUCAAAAUGGGAAAAGCGUCUCUCUUUUUUUCGAAUAGCGGCGCGGUCCACCAAUGGCCUCCACCACUGUCUGAGGACACCACAGAGGCCUCAGCCGCGCUCUUUAAGAGACUACUGCAGCCUUCAAGUGAUUCCGUAGACGGAACAGGAGAUAUCACAAAAUCUGGCGCGUCUACCAGUAAAGCCAUUAUAUCUUCGCGCGGCGAACAGGAGGCGAGCGCGCCCACGAAAAAGGGCCUACUGCACGAGAACCCUGUGAAAAUGCUUCUGCACGAUAACCCUACGAAAUUUUUAAAGAGGUACUUUGGUCACUUUUUUCCGCAUUUGAUGUCCUCUGGGCGCUUGACACACGCGACAGUUCGACAGGGGGAUGCAACAGCGCCAGAUUCGACAACAAAAGGUCAAAACGACACCGACGACACCGAUCAUGCAGAUGCUGCGAUGCAGUUUCCGCGUCCUGGGUUCUUAGUGGAAGUAGCGUGCUUCCGACGUGGAGGAACGGAAGGACAGAUGUUCGAAACAGCAUCAGGAAGCGAUGGGACUGGUGAGGCUGCGCCAGAGCAAGAAACUGUGGAGGAAAUCGAAAAAAGCGCGGUUCCUCGAUUACGUUGCGAGGGACCGCGCCACCGGCCUUCGCCUAAGAUUCUUGCGGUUUUCACGAGCGAUCAAGAUACGCCAACUAAAAGUGUGGAGGACGGAGGAGCGUUUGGAGAGCCAAGAAAGACUUCCUCAAGUCAGUCGCGAACAGAACCGCCAGAUGCGCGUGCUAGUGCCUCCUCUGGUGUAUCGAAGAAUACCUCGAUAAGAUUAUUCGGUUUCUGCGAUCUGAGUCGUGAAUCAGCGGGGAACCAAGACAAAUUCUUCACGAAGUAUAAGGCUUGUUUUGACGAUGUUCAGGCUGCGCCGUCAAGUAAACUUUAUCAUGGUGGUAGCAUUACUGGAAGUAGCAAAGCGGACGAGUAUCGUGAGAGGAGUUGUUACGCCGCAGUUGCCACAUGUGAAGCGAAGCACCGUUUUCAUUCCCUGUACCUACGCGAAAAUGCGCCUGCCUCGAACAACAACGAGGUUCGCACGGAACAAGAAAACGCGCAUCAUGAGGACGCAAGCCAAGCUACGAAGCCUCGUCCUCCGACUAUAGUUUCAGCGUCUUCAAACAAAUAUCCAGAUCACAACAUCCAGACAGCCCGUAGGUAUACAGAACCUUGUCCGGGAUUCUUGCAUCCUCAUGACGGCACAGUCUACAAGCAGCCGAUUGAUCUACGGUCGUUUUUUGACCCGGAAGAAUUCCCCGUCGUCGUGGAGCAAUCUACGGGUAAGAAAUACUUUCUGAGAAAAGUGAAAAAAACUGUAGCAUCUGCAUCUACGGAAUCUGGUGGCACGCAGGCUCAGGAAGCGGCAACAAAUCUAGGAGACGAAGAACCAAAAAACACAGCACCAGACAAGAGAGGAGACAAGAGUACAGGCACUAUCGCGGGCGAACACGCCGCCGCUUCAUCCUCUGACCCAGAUAAACCAACUUUUUUGGUGACAGUUGGUUCCUCGAAUGCUAGCCGGGAGCUCGAUGACCCAGGACCAGGGUCAGAAGAUAUGCAGCCGCGGACGUUCUUUGCUCUGAGGUCGAGCAAAUCCAUGGGCUCCACUGCUGCAGAUACAGUGCCACAUGCAUCUUCGACUUCGACCAACGAAGGAAACAGCUCUGAGCCUGCAUCCACUGCGCCUGAUAGGCCUAGUAACGCUCCUUCAGCCGCUGCGCCUGACAAUUCCGAUCUUACCGCAUCACCAACUGCAUCUAGUGGUCCACCCGCUGCGACGGACGAACCACACCGAUGGCACGAGUGCACAAAUUGUCAGGAGGACGCGGCUCCAGAGAAUGCGGGUUGUGCAUCUUGUCUCGUUGCCGCGGGUGACGUGAGGCGCUUGUGGCCGCCUUUGCCUUCGAAUAGUACACACAUCCAGAUGAAAGAGGCUCAUUGGAAAGAACUUGUAUUGGAACCCAUUGCACCAGAGAAUACCACGAAUCCUGAUGGUUCUCCUGGAACAGCACUGGCGCGUGUACUCUGUCAUGGAUCCAAUCUGGACACAACAUGCACAACGGAAAUGGAAACUAGUGGGGACUUGUCAGGGGCGAUGGACUAA